UACGCACUAUUUAAUCUCCUUAAGGCUAACCAAAAACCACAAAAUCUAUUUUGAUUUCAAGAGCAUUUUGGUCAUGCAGCUUUUACAUCCAAUGAUGUAUAAAACCACUGUAUGCAAAACCAGAGGGAUUGUUUGCACGAGCAACACAACAGUGUGAAAAAACUAACGCCAAUAAUCUUCAAGUAGCUAUGUUACAACUCUUUAGCUGUAGUAAUAGACUAGUUUAGAAAUAAAGUGUGUGGUUAUUGGUUGUCUUGUAACCAAACAUCAUAAUGGACUUCUCACAAAAGAUGAAAAUGUGCAAGAAUUGCAUUUCGUGAAAGAUGAAGACAAGACAAAUCCUGGCUCUAUUUCUGGCUGUGGUGGGCCUUUGUGGGACUAUUCUGAUCUGUGCCCUGCCCAUGUGGAAAGUGUCUGCAUUCGUGGGGGCCAAUAUUGUGACGGCGCAGGUUUUCUGGGAAGGUUUGUGGAUGAACUGUGUCCUGCAGAGUACCGGUCAAAUGCAGUGCAAAGCAUAUGACUCCGUUCUGGCUCUUUCUCAAGAUCUCCAAGGGGCUCGUGCUUUGAUCUGCGCUUCUAUUGGUGUAUGCGUGCUUGCUAUUGGAUUGACAGUUGUUGGAGCAGAUUGCACCAACUUUUACAGCUAUGCACCGUUUACAAAAGCCAAAAUUGGAAUAACAGCUGGGUCGGUCUAUAUAGUUGCAGGUGUAAUGUGUCUCAUUGCUGUUAGCUGGUCGGCAUAUAUCAUCAUCGUGGACUUUUAUAAUCCUCAAGCAUCAAGAACAAAAGGAGAACUGGGAGCUUCGGUCUAUAUAGGAUGGGUGGCUGGUGUGCUGCUAAUAGUCGGUGGUGGAUUACUCAUCGGCACAUACUCCAACCGAUGCUGAUAACAUCUGUGGGUUAAACUGACACGGAGAGAUAUACUUUAAAUUAUUCUAAUGAGACUGAUUGUGUUCAUAAAAUGGAAGUAUCUCUUGUUUUGGAAUGAGAUGAAAGAACUGUGAAUUUACUGUUUUAAGACUCACUUCACUCAACCUGUAGUGUUUUUCAAACCUCUGCCAUAUGGAUUAAUACUACAGAUUCAUAAAUAUUAAUCAGUCAUUGUCAUACUGUAAUCCUAUAACAUUUCAAUCGCAUAAAGAAUUUCUACACUGUAUGUAAUUUAAAUUAAAAAAAAAUUGUAAAUAGAUUGUCUCAUUGUAUUAACUUUAAAGUGUAAUGCAUUUUUAUGCAAUCAAAUAAUAAAAAAUGAAACCUCAUGAAAUAUAAAUCUUAGUAAAAGCCAUAAAGCUUCAGUUCAAAUGAAUGACGAUGUGUUUAGCUGCCUCAUUUCACAGCACCAAGGUUACACUACUGGGUCUCCAAGCAAUGUUAUAUGGAGGAUAUUUUAUUCUGUCUACAACAGCUACUGUAAAUAAAAGCUCGUUCACACGGCCCAACAAACACAGAAGCUGUAGUUUAGGUGUUUCUAGUUUCUUUGGGAAGCACAUUUCUAUUUGUAUGGUCAAGAAACAGUUU